AUGAGCGGAGAAGUAGCAAAAUUAUAAAGUUAAUUAGAAAUCGAAGUAAAGGAAAUGCAAAACCUUCAAAAAGAUUUAUAAAAGUUAAAUGAAGGUCGCUAAAGGCUAUUGGAAUAAUAAAAUGAAUCUGAUCUAGUAAAAAAAGAAGUCGAUUUAUUAGAAGAAGGGGCAAAUAUUUUCAAAUUAAUAGGACCUGUGCUUGUUAAAUAAACAUUAUAAGAAUCCAAAUAAACUAUUGAAAAAAGACUAGAAUUUAUUAGAAAAGAAGCUAUAAAAGUUGAACUUCUUUUAAAAGACAAUGAACAAAAAUAACAUGAUAAAAAAUCAAAAAUUGUAAAACUAUAAGAAAAUUAUUAUAAAACUGCUAUGGGUCCUUAAUAUGAAUAGGCUUUAAGUUAAUAAUAAUAAAAACAAUAAGCUUAAUGA